GGUUUAUACGCGAAGCCGGCUGGAAGCUAUAUCAGUUUUUAUGUUGAACACACUCUCCUUCAGUUUUUGAUUAGUCAAGAGUCCUUAAGGUUUUUUGAAUUUUCGGUGUAACUCUUUUGUUUUACGCUGUUUGUCAAACUGGUGCAAUUCUGGCGGGCGGAAUUCGUUACGCAAACCCUGCUUAAAUCCGGUUCCUGUGAGACAUCUAUGACUUCGUGUGAAACAUAAGGACUAGGAUUGUCCACCUACAACACUGUUCGCGCAGCGGAGCACGUUUUUCGUUGAAUCGCACCCCCAAUCGCUGCGUCGCAUAAGGACUUCCGAAACGGAAGCAGUGAUUCAUAAUAGUGUCCUGUUUACUUUGAGUUGUUUUCAUCGUUCUGUUAUCGUUCAAAAAAAGCAAUAACUCGAAACGUAAAUUUGUUAAGUUUGAAACUGAUCGAAAACAUCAAACAGUGAUAACCCAGAAAAUACUCAUUCAUAAGAAUACUAACCGGUGCAGUAGCAGUGUAGAAGAGUAUAGUGAAACGAGUAGCCGCAGUGCUGCAUUCAAACAGUGAACGAGUUCUCAUAAACUCAAUAUUUUUUAUCAGUUUGGUUUGUAAUUAAUGCAAACGAAAAGGAAACCCGAUUUGUGAUAAUCGAAUGUCGUUGACCAAUUGGAGAGCGCAGUACAGCUCACGGAUGACUUCGAAGGCGUCCAGAUAUGUCGUUUGAAGAAGAUACUAACCCCCGUUUCGGUCCCCGCGACCGCAUCUAGCGUUUACUGGAAAAGCGCACACGUGAAGCGAAGCGGCGGCAGAAGCAGCAGAAGCAACAUCAGCGGCGGCAAACCACAUCACCCAGGCCGAAGGCAGCAAAUACGCGCAAUUUCAAUGUGCCGCUGGCUCGACUGUCGAAACCAUUAAACGAAUACAAAUAUUUCGCAUUGCUACCAGUUUUUGAAACUCCCAUUUUUCCAAGCAAUUUUACUCAUCAAUUAACACACAACGAUUACAAGUUCUAACAAAGCGCCAAAAGUUUAUUCGCAUAACCAGACAACGAUUGCUGUUCAAGUGCUUCUUUUCUAAGAUACCAAUUUUUACAACUUUUUAAUCGUCACUUUAUAACCAACUUUAAAAGAUCGUUACUUCAAACAAAAUAUUAUUCAAACCAAAAGCAAGUUCGCUUCGUGUAAUCCGCUAGCAACCUACGGAAAAAGUUCUUUCUACACUCUUAACAACCGUAAGAAUCGAAAAAGUGUCUUAUUUACAAAGUAGCAAAAGUAGUCCAAAACCAAACAGAUGUAGAAAGAUUUUAUAAAGUCCACCACAAGUGAUACUGAGAAAAAAAAAAGAGAGCGAAACUGCUUCGAAAAAAAAAUCGAAGAAACAAGUGCAUGUGUGUCCAACGGAACGGAAGUCAACUCGUGAAAAAGUGUGAUUAGAAAAUAGAGCAGCAAAACGUGUAAAGUGCCACAACUCGAACCGCAACGAAGAAGCAAACAUAAUACGACGACAACCCCAAGCAUCUAGGUCCACGCACAGUAGUUUGCAAUAAACUAAGUUUUUGAGCAAGGAAAAAAGUAUCCAGACUCCCGAUUGGACCCCGGUUUCGAGUGAAUGAAAAACUCUAGUUAGGAAAGAAGCCGUCGAUAGUAGAGAAUCCAUCCAGUAGCAGUAGCAGCUGAGGAGCAGCGGAAGAAAUAAAUUCAUCUUUAGUUUUUAUAUGAAUUCCAAUUUCCGUCGCUUCGGCCAGUAACAGAAUCACUGACCUAAUGACUAUGGCGGAUGGCAGCUAUGACCCAAUGGGGCACAUCCAGACGGGUCGUCAACAUCCUCACUCGCACCAUCCGGUUCACCAUCACCAUCACCACGGAAGUACCGGCGGUGGUGGCGGCGGAGGCGGUGGAGGUGGCGUCCCCCUCGGCAGCAGUACAUUCCUUCAGUUGGAGCACCUGCAGCAGCUGCAUCAACGCUAUCAGCAACACCAGUUGCAGCAACAACACCAACAGCAAAGUCAGCAGCCGUCGCCAUCGAGCAUGGAGAACAACAACAACCUUCCCGCGGCGGCCAAUCACAAUCUGUUCCGAUCGGAACAGAAGAAACACAAGCGGAAGCGACUGUCCGCUGUGCUGGACAAGUUGCACCACAAUGGAUCGUCGGUGAAUCACAACAACAACAAUGUCGGUGAAGGUAGCUUUAAAAUGAAACGCUCGGAGUCGCGUUCCAGCACGGAGGGUUCCGUCGAAGACGUUUUCCCAUACUCAGCAAGCCCUCGAAUUAGCGUAAGUCCUCUGCGUCUAAACGAAUCGGACGAGAACAACAUGAACCAGGUUCAGAUUAAACAGGAACCGCAACAGUACCUCUACAAGCAGCUACAGUACAUAAACCCGCUAGCAUUCUUCAACUACUUCCCGCAGCAAACUAAGCUCCUGUAUCAGGAGAUCGCUCGACAACGGAGUCAUUCCGACUCCGAUCUGCAACAGUUGCCUCAGAAACUCCCGGAGACUGCUCCGGCGGCGCCAGCCGAACCUCAGGAACCUCAAGAAUUUCCGCUAGAUCUGUCCAUGAAAACGUCUCCGACACUGUUGCACAGCUCUCCUAGUCUAGACUCUGUGAUCAAGCAGGAACCGAAGUUGACCUUCACUCCGCCCCCUCAACCGCAGCCAUCGAUCGUCAAGGGAGACGUCGCCUCCAACAACACCAAAAAGUCCGCAGCUGCCUGCUACAACCUCAAUGUGUCUCCGGUAGUAGAAGAGAUGCCACCUGGUUCGGACGUCGCCUACAUGUGCCCCGUCUGCGGCCAGCUGUUUUCGUUGCAGGACCGCCUAGCUAAGCACAUGGCGUCCCGCCACAAAAGCCGCUCCAACUCAACAGACAUCACCAAGUCUUACAUCUGCGAAGUCUGCCAGCGAUCGUUUGCUCGGUCCGACAUGCUAACGCGUCAUAUGCGUCUGCACACCGGCGUUAAACCAUACUCCUGCAAGGUCUGUGGGCAGAUCUUCUCCCGCUCGGAUCACUUGUCAACCCAUCAGCGGACGCACACCGGUGAGAAACCUUACAAAUGUCCACAAUGCCCGUACGCAGCCUGCCGGAGAGACAUGAUCACGCGCCACAUGCGAACGCACACCCGAUACGACGCACAACGCAGCGGCAGCUCCAGCGGCUCCCCGUCUGGAAGCCCCGCCUCGAUGGACCAUAAACCGCUGAUGCUGCCGGUGGUCAGCCUCAGCUCAGGUGCCAGCGCUCGAGCCAUCAAGAAGGAAUCGGCCUUCGCCACCAGCCCGGGUAGCUACGUUAUCGAAACAAAGACUGAAUCCUAGAUGCGUGAACGCUCUCAGACAACACACCCCGAUUAGCGAUGAGAAAGAGAAAACUCGUAGUUUUCGGCGUUAGUAGUCGCCCCCUUUCCUAGAAUUCCUAGUUUCCUAGCCGUUUUCUUGAUUAGUAGUUGUGUUUCGGUUUGCCAAUCUCUUGUUGUGUUAGUAGGUUUAGAGUUUCCUUUUUAGAACUAUUCAAGAAAAAUGUGUAUUCUAAGAAAUUUGAACUAUUCCCGAAUUCAUUCCCAGAAAAUCGUAGAAGUUUUUUAGAAACAGCUUAUAGGAUUAAAUCUCUUCCCUGUUCCCCCCUGUUGUUUGGAAGUUGCGGAACAAAAUAAAAAGAAAUCUCAAAGGUUGUGAAUUUAAGAAAACAUAAAUCUAGAAUAGAACAUCUUUAGACAUUAGUUGAAA